ACAUUCUGCAUCAGCCUGUUUUAUGGCCUCAGUUCUCUUCAAGCGCCUGUCGUCAUCCACGAAACACGUUGCUGUGAUGGAACAGCAAUGCCAGACCAAGAGAAUGCCGAUCAUGGAAGUGUUCGAUAUUUUCACUUACUUGACUGCACAGCGCAAUCUCGGCAUCAAGUUGACAUGCAUCCAUUUGUUCGGAUUGCAGUGCCGUCUGCACAGUUCCUUGUGCGUCUGUCAAAGGCUAUCCGAACGCGAGCGUAAGUUCACGAGUACCAUCUUCGCAUGUCGGAAUCUUCCGUGUGAGAACAUUCGGCUGAUUGAAUGCAUCAUCACUAUGAAACAAGUUUCCACCGAGUAUCACUCGCUUGGAGGAUCGUCACUGGGUUCUGGACCCGUGUCCGUGAUCCCAUCUACCGACAGCGCUUCACUGGCGAUCUGGGCGGUUUGCUGUGGAACCCCUUGGAAACGGAGUUGUCACUGCCGACAAAGUACAAACACGGAUUUAACUCGCCUGGCCAAUUGGUUAAGCCCACUCCAUGCACGCGGCCGGUUAUCGAGUCGGCGUAAAAACUGUUCGGUCUUGGUCUGCAGACUGCAAGGCGUUGUGUGCGAUGCAGACGGCGGAUCCGCGUCCAUGGCUGCAUUAACGCGGAAAGAAGUGUUGUGUUAGCAUGAUCUGGAGCUGGAGAAACUGUCACGGGUGGCGCUGCAUUCCCUCAUCAAGCUGAUGAAGGUCUUGCUCAAGUAGGUUUCUACUUUGCUUUGGCUACGACAUUCUGUCCUUCCGCACUGUGUAAUUGGAUUA